CGGGUAAAACAGAGGACCUUACAAACAUGAGUCUUCCUGACAUCAAAUCGGCACGGAAACUCGCAGUCGAGCCUUUAAAACAGUGCUCUGUCGUGCAGCUGAAUGUCGGCGGUCAGGUGUACACCACCACCCUGUGGACCCUGCGCAAAUUCCCCAACUCAAAGCUGGCUGAAAUGUUCAGUGUGCCUCACAAACUUCUAAAGGAUGCAGAGGGUCGCUGUUUCAUAGACCGUGACGGGACACACUUUAGAGCCAUUCUCGAGUUUCUCCGUUCAGAGGAGAUUCCUACUAAAAAUCUGCUGGAGGUUCACAAGGAUGCAGUGUAUUACAAUAUAAAACCCCUGGUGAAAAUCCUGGAGGAGUCCCCACAGUUUUUUGGUGAGAAAGUUGGAAGGCAGCAGUUUUUAUCCCAUGUGCGCAACUACCACGAAAAUCUAGAAGUCCUUAUCAGGGUGGGCAAAGCAGAAGCCAUGGCGUCACGAUACUCCACUAUAAUCAUAUGUGUCCUAAAAACAGAGGAUGACCUGGAACGAUGCAAUGAUGCCAUGGUCAGUCUUGAUAUGAGAAAAGAAUCUGUUGUGAGUUUCGGUCCCUGGAAUGCUCAAGCUACCGUGGUGGAUCUUCUGGAUUGCAUACAAAUGGACAUAGAAGCAAAAGGAUAUAAAGUGAGCAUUAAACCUCACAGCACAGAGAAAGGCUUUCUGUUUAAGAGCCAUAAUUUCUUCUAUAAGCUGACUUUUACUUGGUGGUGACUAGGAUUUGUGCUUCCACCCUUUCAAGUAUGAUUGGAAUGGUUUUUAAUAGUGGAACGCAGAGGUCAUGAAUUUUCUCCUACAAACACUUUAGAUAAGAAAAGUGGGUUAUCUAUUAAUCUAAAACACCCACCUAUGUUGCAGGCAUGUGUCAUAUAGGGCUCGUUCAGGAUCGUUGCUGCCAUCUGUAGCCACCCUUGUUUAAUAUUUACUCUAGUUUGUACCAGCCCUUUGCAUCAUGUGACCUUAAUGUGCUCACAAAUAUGUUCUUUUGCCGACUUGCCAAGAAUCAAAAAUAGCACAGACAAAAUAUUUUUCCCACAGCAGUGUAAAAUUGUACAAAAUAUUUUAGACAGAUAUUUUGGAUGCCUGUUAAGUAAGGAAUAAAUCACAGUAAGGUGUGCUGUUCUCAGAAAACAAUUAAUGUCAUGGUGUGAUGUAGCCAAACAUGAGUUUAUUCUUUUCUUACAAUUAUAUUUUGUGAUUUCUUUAUUUGAAAUAAACCACAGAGAUUUACCAUAGAUUCAAAUGUUAACUUAUUAAUAACACUUUUCUUAACGAUUUGUUAGUGAGCAUCAUGACACGCUGUCACUUACUCCUUCCAAAAAAGUUAAAUAAAGAUCUCCUUUCAGAAAAUGUCACCAAA